UCGAUUGCCAGCUGAUGCAAGGGCUAUCCAAAACAAGGACCAUCCUAAACUGGGGAAGCGGGGUGGCAAAGGCAGUAGCAGGAUUGCAGUUACCAUGGCUGCAGUGGUGGAUCUGGGCAAAGUAGGAGCCAAUACCGUGAAGUACGCUGCUAAUGGGGAGGUGGUGGAGCUGAGGAGUUUGUGGAAGGACCAGCCCUGCGUGGUGCUGUUCCUGCGCCGUUUUGGCUGCCAGGUGUGCCGUUGGAUUGCUAAAGACGUCAGCAAGCUGAAAGAAUCGCUGGAGAGCCACGGGGUCCGCUUAGUUGGGGUUGCACCAGAAAGCGUGGGUCUGAAGGAUUUCCUAGACGGGAACUACUUCAAGGGAGACCUCUAUCUAGAUGAGACCAAACAAUGCUACAGUGAUCUCGGCUUCAAAAGGUAUAAUGCCUUAAGCAUAGUUCCUGCUGCUUUGGGGAAGUCUGUUCGAGAAGUUGUCAGCAAGGCAAACGCUGAGGGCAUUCAUGGCAACUUCAGCGGGGAUCUUUUGCAGAGUGGUGGAAUGUUGAUUGUCAGCCAAGGUGGUGAAAAAGUCCUCCUACAUUUCAUACAGGAGUCUCUGGGUGACUCUGUUCCCUUGGACACCAUAAUCAAGAUCCUCGGCCUCCCAGCAAAUGCAGAAGAAGAGAAGAGGCCUCAGUGUAACGAAGAAGUCUGUACCGGAUGAAGAAGGAAAGUAUGAUGCUGUCCCGAGCAACUAUUCCUUUGUCCUUUCUACUCGAUAUAAUCCCUUUUCUAGCCCAAGAGCAACGUUUAUGCACAGCAGUGAAACUGAAGCCACGGAUAUAAAAUAAUAAAAUGUUUACCUGUUGGAUACCGUGA